UGAAGAUUGGUCAGCCGUGGCGCGGAGAAGCCACGCCCAAACGUUAGACACAUGUGAACGAUAAGCCCAUGUAUUUGUUACAUUUUAAUAAGCCCAUCAUAUACGAAUCGCGUGACUGACUGAAAAUCUGAUGAAUAUUGCCACUUCAUGACGCAGAUCCAACUAUUGUACCGAACGUAUCAAUUGCGCAUGCACACAGACUGAUAUAUACCGUUUGUGAGCACGCUUUGAAGCACAGUUUUCGCUAUACCAUAUCGUAUACUCGACUCUUCUCCGAAAAAUGAAAUGGCUUUUGACGAUAUACUUCUAACUCUAGGAGAGUUUGGGACCUACCAAAAGAUCACCUUUGCAUUGGUUUUUAUGUUUUGGUUUCCAGCUGCAGCUAAUGUUCUUGCUGUGGUUUUCUUGGCAGGUUCGUCAGACCAUUGGUGCCAGGUAUCUGAAUGGAACAAUGCUGACUGCACUGGGUUAGGAUUAAAUGAGAGCGAUUGCGCAUUCUACAAAAAAUAUCUCAGCAUUCCACAUUCCGUAGCAGACGACGAUACGAUUGUAUACGAUCAAUGUCACAAGUACGAUGUCUCCCAGGUAUCGUUUAGUGAUGCGAUGGCGUACUUUUUGGAAAACACCAAUCAGAGUGGAUCUCGCUAUGACUUCAUGUCAUGUGAUCAAGGAUGGGUGCACGACAGGGCGUUAUCAGCAUACACCCUUACCCAGUCGUUUGACCUGGUUUGUGACCGGAAAUACCUGAUCAAUCUGUCUCAAUCCAUCUUCUUCAUAGGCGUACUCAUAGGCUCUCUCCUUUUUGGUGCAAUUUCAGACAGAUAUGGAAGAAAAAUAACACUCAUCAUCUCCAAUGUUCUCGUGGUUGUAUUCGGUGUCGGUGCUGCUUUUUCUCCGAACUACAUAACUUUCGUCGUGUUGAGGGCUUUCCAGGCUGCAGGAUGUUACGGGAUGCUUCUCAUCUCCAUGGUGAUAGGUACGGAGUUCGUCGGUCCAUCGAGACGGGCAUUUGUUGCCAUCUUCAUCUCCGUGUCGUUUUCCUUGGGGUAUCUUUUACUCACCUUCUAUGCAUAUCUGAUCAGAAAUUGGCGCUAUCUUCUACUAACACUGAAUAUGACCUUUGCCCUAUUCUUCUUCUUUUACCCCUUCAUCCCUGAAUCUGUAAGAUGGCAGAUCUCUAAAGGUCGAUAUAAACGAGCUGAAAUUAGUAUUAGAAAGGUCGCUAAGAUCAAUAAGGUCAAACUCACAGAUGACUUCUUCCAGCAAACCAACUUCUACAACUCAAAGGAUAGACAAGGUGACAAGAAACACGACACGAAUCUUACCGAUCUCUUUCGAACACCUGUCCUCCGAAAGAGAAUGAUGAUUAUGAUAGUUAUUUGGAUGACCAAUAACCUGAUCUUCUAUGGCUUCCAUCUAAGCACGGGUAGCUUCGGAGUCGAUAUCUAUCUGAGUUUCGUCAUCUCGGGCGUUGUCGAGAUCGUUUCAGUCGUGCUCUGUAUCCCUUUGAUCGAAUGGUUUGGUCGUCGAUACAGCUUUAUUGCUUCCUUUGUGAUUGCCGGCGUGGCCAGCUUUAUCGUCAUUUUCGUCCCUGCUGGUGCGGCCAAAACUUCAAUCGCCAUGGUCGGAAAGUUUGGAAUCGCUGCCUCGUGGGCUAUUUGUGGAAUUUAUGUCAUCGAAAUCCUACCAACUCCUACCAGGAGUGUUGGUGUUGGAAUCUGCUCCAUGGCAUCUCGCAUCGUUGCUAUAGCAACCCCUCUACUGUUGCUCCUCUAUGAUGUAUGGGCGCCUGGUCCCUUUGUUCUCCAGACCAUAGCUGCUCUGGUGGCGGCUGGAUUGUGCUUUAUCCUCCCAGAGACGAGAGGCAAGAAACUACCAGAGACUCUUGAAGAUGGUGAAACUUUUGGAAUAAAAUCGACAGAAGAAAUUCAAAGCAUGGACGAAUUACAUUUAACUCAGCGAGGUGGUGUGUCUGCAUGAGACUCUGCAACAUGAACCAGAGUGGACAAUAAAUGACGAAAUCUACUUUACAUCGCUGACAUGAUUUUUGUACAUAAUGACACAAUCAAAUACCCACGCGACUAUCUAAAAGAAAAGUAUCAUUAUAUUUUUGAUGGAAAGGUGUUUUUUUAUUCUCGCUGCAAUAGUAUGACCUAAAUCAAUAUGUUACUAUUAAUUUCAUGACAAAUUUUGUAAUGAAUUGACGGUACAAUACAGGUUCAGAUUCUCAUUAAUGUUAUUUCUUUAUCUGCUAAUUGCAAAAAAGAAGUCACAGUUAUUAUCAUUGUUUUCUAAGGAUUUUAACAAAAUGUAUUACGGACUACUUUCGGGACACCGUGAUUUCAAUGACAUAAUUUUGAAUAUUUCUUUUGUCUUUCAAAACAAAUAUUUGAAGAAUCAAGCUCAAGAUUACCGUCAAAAAUUGACGUAUGGAAGAAUAAACAGAGCAUUUUGGUGUAAAACGCUUUUUACAAAAACAUUGGUUUAAAAACUAGCCCUUUCAGCUACUUUUGAACCCAAAUGCUUAAUGUCGGGAUUGUAUUUUAUGUUAUACUGUAUCAAUAAUAAUUAAAAAAAAAUAUUGGACUGUAUCCAAAUCUCGUAGUUUUGUUUCACAAACAUGAUGUGUAUCGAGAAAUAUAAGAACGUUAAUUUAUAAUUAAAUUUCAGUUUAUUUCUCCUCAUCUACCAGUCGUAGUAAAUCGAUACAUAAAGUUUGGUGUAAUAGAAAAGUCAUCAUUUAACGAAUCAUUUAACUUUUUCCAGUAUCUCAUAGAUUACGAUAAAUUGACAAAAGUUUAUAGUUUUACAUUCUUACAGGAAUACUUGAACCCGUGUACGUGUGAUAUUAACAGCUCAAUUUGAACACUUAGAGGUAGAACGAAGGCAACAACUUAAUUGAAGGCAGGGGAUGUCAAGUCCAAGGAGUUUGAAAAGAGGGAAGGAAGGAAAAGGGUUUUGGGCUAGAUUGUUUCUUUCAAGAAAGUAACAAUUCGAGGUUCAAUAAUGUAGAUGAUAUAUUGAGAAAUAUGAAAAUCAAAACUUUAAGGAUUAUUUAGUUAUACUAUGAAGAAAGUUAAAGCUUGUUUUAGUUUUUUGUGAUGAAGUAAAUGUGCAGUGCGAUAAUAGUUUUCCUUUAUGUAAUUGUACUAUAUUUUAGUCAUAAUCAUUGGAAUGUAUAAACGAUGAAUUAUGUUGUAUUUACGUUCGUUUAUCAAAUGACAAAAAGCUUUGUUAUAAUUAUAAUUCAGAUUGUAUAAGCAAAGACUAUGGACAAUUCUUUGUUUCUAUGAUAUGUACGAACAAGAAUUGGAUUUUUGAUAAAUAAAAUUCUAUGAAUUACAAAAGAAAGUA